AAGCUGGGCUCAGUCGUUUCACGUUGACGCCAGAGACACAGAACAGCUCAAGAGUCAAGCCGUGUCUCGGGAAAGAAGAGAAUGCAGGUCCGGGCGUGGAUUGCUGGCCUGCUGGUCCUGGUCUCCACCAUCGACCCCACAGAGGCCCUACACAUGUAUGACCCCCAGCUGUGCUACCUGCUGGACGGCUUCCUCGGCCUCUACGGACUCAUCAUCACCGGCAUGUUCAUCAGAGAAAAGUUCUUCAGAACCAAGGGGAAGGCGGCGGACAACGGCAUCUACGCUGACCUGGCAGGUCCAGACGGUGAUGGUUACGCCCCGUUGACGAGACGAGACCCUGAGAGCGGAGGAAGGAUUCGCCGGACUGAUGACAACUCCACCUACACGCCACUGCAAAGGUCUGGAGGUGAUGAAUACAAGGAGCUUCCAGUGAAAAGAGAGGGGCGCCAGAGGAAGAACGACCAGCUGUACCAGGGCCUGAGUUCUGCCACCAAAGACACUUACCAGUCCCUCCAGAUGCAGCCGCUUCCUGCUCGUUAACGCAGCGACUAAACUCCACUCGGCGGCUGGGUUUCUGGACAAACGAUGUUGUUUCAUCCUGACUGAACUGCAUUAAGGAUUCCCCUUUAUUAAAGGUUUAAAGUUGUUUUAUUCGAUUUAGAAAUUAUUUUAAACAACAUCUGGAUUAUCUGGAUUGUCAGUCUAUUUUGGUGUUAUAUAAAAAAGGUGAUUUUGUAAAUUUGCUACUGUAAAUGUUUUAAUCACAUUUGGACAAAAUACAAACGCCCACUGUAAAAAGACAUAAAUGUAACAAUUUGACACAUUUGAAGAUGUUUGAUCAGUACACAAAAUGUGUAGUGGACCGUGUGUAGGGCACACCAACACCAGCUACUACUGAAAGUGAUGCAGUUAAUGGUUUGGUGACCUCUACUGGUCGGGGUCGUCCUGCACAUUGUAACACAAUGUGUCUUGUGCUCCUCGUCCAGUCCAGUGGUGGUAUUUAUACGGAUGGUACGUACCAUAACAACCCUAUAAAACCAAUGAAGCCAACCUGUUUUAGUCCCAAAGAUGCUCCAUCAUUUUCACAUCACGCCUGAGAACAAGCUCAUAAAGGGAGCCAUGCUGAUGCUGGGCAUGUAAUAUUUGGCAAAGAUUCAGUAGAUGUGUAAGUUUCUUAUUUUUACCUUGUAUAUAUUAACAUGUUAAAUACAGAUCAUGAUAUCUUUGGAAAAACAACACACAAAUGCUUUCCUCUGUUCUAGUAAUCACUGUUUUACUUAGUGUCAGUGUUGGAGGAAAUUAAAUGGAUUAAAUUUAUAGCUGUGCGAUAUGAAACCUCAGAAACAGCAUUUUUAAAUGAUAAAUUGUAAAUAUUUAUAGUGGCUUUAUUGUAAAAUGCCAGGUUCCCUUUAUUAUUAUAACAGGUCAACCAAAGCAAAGACCAGAGCCAGUUAUGCCUGUAUUAUGAAUUUUAUAGCCAUUGCUUUGUGUCUCCAUAUGUUACACAAUUAAACAUUUUAUUUGAACUCUUGAAUCAGUAACUAAUCUAUAAAGUUUUCCUAUGUCCAUUAAUUUGUUGUUGGAAUCUGUCUCUGCUAUUCUUUAAAUUGUAAUUUUUUCAGUUUUAUUUUUUAUGGUGUAUUUUUAACAUCAGACUGAUUAUCAGACCUUUUUGUUUUGAUAUUGUCCUGAGAAUGUGUGCUCUGACUUUUAUGUGACGUUUAUACAUUAGUAAUAUUAGCCUAUUUUUGUAUGAUUAAUUUGCCUUUAUUCUGAUUAUGUUUGCUAUGUAGAUUCUAAUUUUAACUACAAUAAAAUCGUUUAUGUCUCAGA